AUGGUAAACAUACGCAAGAAUGGAGCUUUGAGAAAAAGUAAAAGCGAUGCUAGUAAUAAAAAUAUGAGUUAUGAUGAGAAAGAUAAAUUAAUUAAUAUUGGGAGAAGCGAAAUAAGAUAUGUUAAAGAAAUUGACCCUGAUAUGAGCGACCAAGAAAAUCAGAACGAUGAUGAUGAAAAUAAUAAUAAUAAUAAUAAGGGACGUCUUUCUUUUAAUAAUGAAUAUUCUAAGAAAAAAGAAAAGGAGAAUAUAAAUAUUAAUAAAUUUAGAAAUGAAAUUAUCGAAUGUGAUUUAAUAAAUAAUAAAGAUCAUAUGAAUGAUAUAGAUUUAGGAUUAACUAAAGAUAAAUCGAUCAAGAAAAGAGAAAAUGCAUUUCAAAAAAAAAAAUAUGAUUAUACUUUAUCACCACAAAGAGCAGACCCGUUUGCUGAUAAAAGCCCCUCACCAGGUGAAAGGACUUAUACAGAUAUUAUGUUAGAAAAUAAAAAAAAAAGUAAAAUGAAAGAAGCUUCAAGAAAAUUAUCACAUUAUAAUAAACAAGGGGAUAGUACGAAUGAUACUAAAGAAAAAAUGGAAAAUGAAAACAGCCAUGGGGGUAAUUCACAUGAUGAUGAUAAUAAUAAUUAUAAUAAUUAUAAUAAUACGGAUGAUGCUAAUAGUAAUGAUAGUGAUGCUGAUAUAUUAAGAGGCAUGAAAAAUGAAAAAAAUGAAAAAAAAAAAAUAACAAAUAAUUUAAAAAGCAAAUGGGAUGUUGUUAAACAUGAAAAGAAUAAUUUAAACAUGAGUAAUAUGCCUACACAUGCAACAGAAAAGUGGACAGAACACUCUUCUUUUGUCGUAAAUAAUAAUAAAAAGAAAAAAAAUUCAAGAUGGGACAAAAUUUCUAAAGAACAAGAGGAUGUGAAAAGAGUUAAGCUAAAUAAAGAAAAUAAUGAUAAUAUGAGCACACCAUAUAUAUCGAAUAAUAUGAGCACACCAUAUAUAUCGAAUAAUAUGAAUACACCAUAUAUAUCGAAUAAUAUGAACACACCAUAUAUAUCGAAUAAUAUGAACACACCAUAUAUAUCGAAUAAUAUGAAUACACCAUAUAUAUCGAAUAACAUGAAUACACCAUAUAUACCAAAUAAUAUUAAAACACCAUUCACACCAAUGGUUGAUACUUCCUUAUCAACAGAUGAUUUGAUUAAAAUUAAAAUAAAAAACGAAAUCGAUAUAAGAAACAGACCGUUGACUGAUGAAGAUUUAGAUGAAUUAUUACCUUCAGAAGGAUAUGAAAUAGUACAAGCUCCUGAAGAAUAUGAAGCAAUUCGUAAUAAUAAAUUAAAGACCAUGUUUAAAAAUACAAUUAUUAAUACUCCACUUUUUCCACAAAAGCCAAAAGGUAUAGAAGAUACAACAUUAUAUGAAAAAAAAACGAAUAGGAAUAAUAAUAUAAAUAAUGAUAAUAAUUUAAAUAAUGAUAAUAAUAUGAACUUGGGACAAAGUAGCUUUAUACAUACACCAUUCUAUGAACUACCAAAUACAUCCACAUAUAAUAAUCUUACGGAUCAAAUAAAUCAAGAGGAGGCCAUGUGCCAAAUAAAAUACAAACAACUAGAAAUGAAUAAUCCUCAAUUAUUAAAUGAAUUAAAAUAUAUACAAUUAAAAAAUGAAGAUUAUAUUUAUUUUAGUAAAUUAUUUGAAAGCAUAAAUGAAGAAGAAUUGUCACAAGAAGAAUUAAAAGAAAGGAAAUUUAUGAUAUUAUUAUUAAAAAUAAAAAAUGGUACCCCUUCUAUACGAAGAACAGCCUUAAGAACUAUAACCGAAAAAGUUAAAGAAUUAGGUCCUGAAACUUUAUUUAAUUUAAUAUUACCUUUAAUGAUGCAAAAUACUUUAGAAGAUCAAGAAAGACAUUUAUUAGUAAAAGUAAUUGAUCGUAUAUUAUUUAAAUUAGAUGAUCUUGUCAGACCAUAUGUACAUAAAAUACUUGUAGUUAUCGAACCCUUAUUAAUAGAUGAAGAUUAUUAUGCAAGAGUUGAAGGAAGAGAAAUUAUAAGUAAUUUAGCCAAAGCAGCAGGGUUGGCAACUAUGAUAGGAAUUAUGAGACCUGACAUAGAUCAUCCUGAUGAAUAUGUUAGAAAUACAACAGCACGUGCUUUUGCUGUAGUAGCAUCAGCUUUAGGUAUCCCAUCAUUAAUAUUAUUUUUAAAAGCAGUUUGUCAAUCCAAAAAAAAUUGGGAAGCUAGACAUACAGGUAUAAAAAUCGUACAACAAAUUGCCAUUUUAAUGGGAUGUGCUGUAUUACCACAUUUAAAAGAUUUAGUUCAAAUUAUAGCACAUGGAUUACAUGAUGAACAACAAAAAGUAAGAACCAUAACAGCAUUAGCUGUAGCAGCAUUAGCCGAAGCAGCAGCGCCAUAUGGAAUUGAAGCAUUCGAUUCUGUAUUAAGACCAUUAUGGAAAGGUAUUACUGAAUAUAGAGGUAAAGUUUUAGCAUCCUUUUUAAAAGCCAUCGGUUUAAUCAUACCCUUAAUGGAUUCAUAUCAUGCAAAUUAUUAUACAAAAGAAGUUAUGAUUAUAUUAAUUAAUGAAUUUAAUUCACCUGAUGAUGAAAUGAAAAAAAUUGUAUUAAAAUGUGUAAAACAAUGUAUACAAACAGAAGGAGUAGAUAAAGAUUAUAUAAACGAAGAAAUUGUAAAUCCAUUUUUUGAAAAGUUUUGGGUUAUGAGAAAUUCAAAUGAUAAAAAAAGCUUUAACUUAAUUGUAGACACAACUGUUGAAAUUGCCAAAAAAAUAGGGGCAUAUUCUGUUAUAUAUAGAAUCGUUGAUGAUUUAAAAGAUCCAUCGGAACAAUAUAGAAAAAUGGUUAUGCAAACCAUACAAAAUGUUGUUAAUGAAUUAGGUGUUGAUGAUAUAGAUCAAAAAUUAGAAGAACAAUUAAUAGAUGGUAUGUUAUAUGCUUUCCAAGAACAAACUUCUGAAGAUUAUUAUAUUUUAUUAAAUUCAUUUGAUAUUAUUUGUAAUAAAUUAAAUAUUAGAAUGAAGCCAUAUUUACCACAAAUCGCUGGAAUACUUAGAUGGAGAUUAAAUACACCUUUACCAAAGGUAAGACAACAAAGUGCAGACCUUAUUUCAAGAAUUACGAACCUUAUAAAAAUAUGUGAUGAAAAACAAAUGUUAGGACAUCUAUCUUUAUAUCUAUAUGAAUACUUAGGUGAAGAAUAUCCAGAAGUAUUAGCAAAUAUUAUUAGAGCUUUGAAAUCUAUCCUAUUAGUAUUAGGUGUACAAAAUAUGACACCACCUAUUAAAGAUCUCUUACCAAGAAUUACACCAAUCCUAAAAAAUAGACAUGAAAAAGUACAAGAAAAUGUUAUAGAUUUGAUAGGUAUCAUAGCAGACAAGGGAGGAGAUCUAGUCUCUCCAAAAGAAUGGGAUAGAAUAUGUUUCGAUUUAAUCGAGUUAUUAAAAUCUAAUAAAAAAUUAAUUAGAAGAGCUACUAUACAAACAUUUGGAUAUAUUGCACGUACCAUUGGACCAUUUGAAGUACUUACUGUUUUAUUAAAUAAUUUAAAAGUUCAAGAGAGACAACUAAGAGUUUGUACAACGGUCGCUAUAGCAAUCGUUGCAGAUACUUGUUUACCAUAUUCUGUCCUUGCUGCUUUAAUGAAUGAAUAUAAAACACAAGAUAUGAAUGUACAAAAUGGUGUCCUUAAAGCUUUGUCAUUUAUGUUUGAAUAUAUAGGAGAAAUAGCUAAGGAUUAUGUCUAUUCAGUUGUUACAUUAUUAGAACAUGCAUUAAUGGAUAGAGAUCUUGUACAUAGACAAAUAGCAACUUGGGCAUGUAAGCAUUUAGCUUUAGGAUGUUUUGGUUUGAAUCGUCAAGAUGCAUUAAUACAUUUAUUAAAUUAUGUAUGGCCAAACAUUUUUGAAACAUCUCCACAUCUAAUACAAGCAGUAAUAGAUUCUAUUGAUGGGUUCAGAGUUGCUCUAGGACCAGCUAUUAUUUUUCAGUAUCUGGUUCAGGGAAUAUUUCAUCCAUCUAGAAAGGUUAGAGAAAUAUAUUGGAAAAUAUAUAAUAACGUUUACAUAGGUCAUCAGGAUAGUUUGGUUCCUAUAUACCCUCCAUUUGAAUUGUUAAAUGAUAGUACCUUUGUGAGGGAUGAGUUAAGGUAUACAAUAUGA